CCGGGUAGAAAAUAUCUUAAAUACUACCAAUUUAUCAUCCGCGAGUACGAAUGCGUCAAGUGAUGAAAUUCGAGAAAGACCGUCAGGACCCCCAGCUAUUCAAAAACAACGAAUUAAGUUACCCGAAGCUCCUUUGCCAACAUUUGAUGGGAAAUACGAAGGCUGGCUUUCGUUUAAAAACGCGUUCGACAACAUGAUCAUAUCUCGCGCUGAUUUAUCGGAUCUGGAUAAGCUACAAUAUCUAAAGUCAGCAUUAACUGGCGCAGCUGCCAAUAAAAUAAAGAUUUUUGCAUCCGACGGUAUAGAGUUCGCGAAAGCGUGGGAACUUUUGGAAAAGGCUUACGAAGUGAAACGAAUUCUAAUCUCGCGACACAUUUCAUUGAUCAUGAAUCUCCCGACUUUAGAAAAGAAAACUACAAACGGCUUGUCUAAACUCGCCCACGAUACCCAGCAACAUGUCGCGUCUCUUAACGCUUUAGGUGUCUCUGUCGGGGAAGAAAUAAUUGUUCACAUCAUAGAAACUAAAUUACCAAAGAAUACUUUAGAAAAAUGGGAGGCCACUCUUGAAAGAGAUGAAUAUCCGAAACUUGAACAGAUAUACGAAUUUUUAUAUAAAACAGCGGUAUGCGCCUCGAAACGCGAAAGGUCGAAAUCAGCCGAUGUAGAUAGACAUAAAGACGAAUACGGUGCCAAGAAACGACAAAGAACCUCUUUGAAUCAAGCCUUUUUCUUAAACACUUCACGGAAUUGUAUCGCGUGUAAGAUCAAACAACAUCCGUUGUACUUAUGCACUAGAUUUAAACAGCUAAUAGUACCUAAACGCAUAGAAUUGGUGAGGAGCGCGAAAGUUUGCUAUAAUUGCUUACGUUCUCAUCGAGACAGUCCAUGCAAAUUCUCCAGUUGUACGAUCUGCCAUAAGAGACAUAAUACGCUUUUGCACCUCGACAAAUUUGCACAUCCAAACAAAUCCGACGCGACACAAUCCGAAACAGCCAAAUCCGGAUGA